UCUAUCCAUCUAUCCAUCCAUCCAUCCAUCAUCUACUUCCCUUCCAACCAUCUAUCCAUCAAAACAGACCAAAAACCAUGUCUCAAGAUCAAAACCAACACCAUGAAGGCCUCUUCGAGAAGAUGUUUGGCCACCACCACCACAAUAGCAGCAACAACAACAACAACCACCACCAAUCCGAGAACCAGUACGAGGAUCCCCAGCUGCAGCAACAGGGCCAGUCCCGCUCCCAGCCCUCCCAUCACCAGGAGGAGGGCGAGUUGGACAAGUUAAAGGACUAUUAUCAUGAGGAUGAGGAGCUUGAGAGAGAGGGGCAGACGUAUGGGGGGUUGAUGUGAGUGAGUAGUUGUUGUUGGUAGUAGUAGGAGUAGUAGUACUAGUACUAUC